AUGGCCAACUCCAUUUUGAACCGCCUAGCCGCCUUGGACACCAACACCGUGUCCGAUGCCUUGGAUUUCCUCAACCUCAAAGGAGCCACAUACGGCCUACGGCCUCUCUGGGACUGUCCCAAAAUUGUCGGCCGCGCCAGCACAGUGAAAGUCGGCCCUAAAACCGACACUGCCCCCACCACCCAUCUACUCACCCCAGUCAUCGAUGCCGUCACGACCGACGAUCGCAUCCUCGUCAUCUCCGGAGGCAUCGACGGCAUCUCCUGCUGGGGCGACAUCCUCGCCAACGCCUCCAAAGAGAAGCGCAUCCGUGGUACCAUCAUCGACGGCAUGAGCCGGGACAUCGACGGCAGCCGUGACGUCGGUUAUCCUGUUUAUGGCCGGGGAGUGACCAUGAUCAGCGCGCGCAACCGCGUGGUGCAGAUUGAGUUCGGCACGCCGCUGCAGAUGCGCGGUGUCACGGUCCACCAGGAUGAUUAUGUGAUUGCCGAUAACUGCGGAACGGUCUUUGUACCGGAUAGCCAUAUCGAAGAGGUCCUACAGUUGGCUGAGCGCAUCGAUUGUCGUCAGAAUCUCAUGGUGCAGGCUGUUCGAUCUGGAAAGCCUGUCUCGGAGGUCAUGCAUGAUACGCAAUUUGAAGCUAUCCGGGAGGGUGGCUCUUCGACGGCCACCCCGUCUACUCCUCACAAUCCUAGGGAGGCUAGUCCGGAGGAUGCAGAGUUGGUUGCGCUGUUUGCCGAUUCUGAUACCCCUGGUGUUUCGGACGCCCUGGAUAAGCUGGGAAUCCCUGGACAGGCGUUCGGAAUCAUGCCGUUGGCCAACUACAACAAGGUGACCGUGGGACCGGCCUUCACAGUCCGGUACGUACCUGCCAGUGAUCCCCCAGGCAGUGUGGGAGAUUUUAUCGAUGACGUGGCUGAGGGUGACUUCGUGGUCAUCGACAACGGUGGUCGUACCGACUGUACCGUCUGGGGUGAUAUCAUGACCCAGUAUGCCGGCUUGCGAGGGAUUGCUGGGACGGUUAUCGACGGAGUCUGCCGGGAUGUCAACCGUGCGAUCAACGAUGAAUAUCCCCUUUUCACCGCGGGACGCUGGAUGCGGACUGGCAAGGAUCGUGUUCAAGUAGGAGGGGUCAAUGAGUCGGUGGGUAUCGGCAAGGUCCGUGUCAACCCUCGCGAUAUCGUGGUGGCAGAUGCGAACGGGGUGGUGAUUGUCCCACGAGCUCGGGCCCGUGAGGUGGCCGAAGUGGCUCGCAAGAUUGAGAAGAGUGAAGAGGGCAUCCGGGCGAUGAUUGGGAGCGGAGCGACUAUUGCUGAUGCGCGGAAGCAGCUGGGAUAUCAUACUCUGCAGCGGGCAUGA